GUCUUUUGUUGAACUGGGAAAAGUUGAUUUUUGAUUAUUGUGGAGAUGUAAUCAUUAGUUUUAUUUUUCAUUUUCGUUUCAUAUUGUGAAGCCUAAUGAAUAAUCAAUUAUUUUAGGCAUUUAAAAAUUAUAAAUUACUCAUUUUGAUAAAAGCAUACAUGAUUCAAUCAUCUAAUCAAUCUUUUAAAUCAAGUGAAAUGACCAGCUAUGAAGGUGAAUUUUAUGUGUUGGACUUGAAUGGACUUAUUGAGUCCAUGGUUGAUGAUGAUGAAGAUGAAUUAAGUGAUGAUGUUUGGCCAUCGGUUUUAGAUGAGCCUCAAACAGAAUAUUGUAAACACGAAUCUCAGGAUGGUCGAGUUGUCCUUAUAACAGAAUUUAGGACAAUUGAUGGCCAAAGAAAAGCCCAUAUUAUAGUCAGGGGUACACCUGAAAGGCUUCUUCUUGGUCUAUUGGAGUCAGAUACAUAUGAUCCAUAUUAUAUUGAUGAUUUUUUAUUAACCUAUCGCGUCUUUAUGCCUUCAAUCGACCCAAAUGACAAGCCUCCGGGUAAAGCUGAUAUUCAUUUAGUUAAUGGUAUGAAUCAGAUUUGUUCAACCUUGCUCUCAUGGUUUGACGAUCCUAGCCUUAGAAGCAAGGUUAUUCAAAUCGUACAAACAUGGAUUAGUAACUAUUACCUUGACUUUGAGCUUGUAUCAAGUGAAAGCUCUAUUUUAAAUUCAACAACAACAACUACUACUACAACAAACACAUCUUCAUCAACUACAGCUACUAAUACAUCGUCACCCGCAUCACAACCCAAUAUAUCACAUGGACAAAAGUUUUUGGAGAUUUUUGAGACUAAACUAUCUUCUAUUAGCAGUUUAUCAACACAGUUGAGCCUUUUACAUAUGACUAUUUCAACAAAAGCAAAGCAACGCAACAUCACUUUAACCCGGUCCAAUAGGGAUGAUGAGGUGCUAAAUUUUUCAAUUGCAGGAGGAUAUGAAAGAGGCUAUGGUAUUUUUGUAUCAAAAGUUGACUCUGGAUCUAAAGCUGAAACUCUUGGUUUAAGGCGCGGUGAUCAGAUUCUGGAAGUAAAUGGCAUUAAUUUUACCAUAAUAUCACAAUUUAAAGCGCUAGAAGUUCUACGAUCAACAACACAUUUGCAACUCACUGUUAAAUAUAAUCCAUUCAUGUUCCGAGAGAUGAGCAGUUUGCCUGAAGAUUCUAAGGGCAAAAAAUAUUCAAUUUCGUCAGCACUUCUUCCGAAUUUACAAACCUCCAUAAAUACCUCACCCAAUGGUAAAACUACAUUCCAAAAGAAGAACAAAUGUCAAACAGGAAUAACUAAUAAUAGCAGCGGAACAAAAAUUAAAAAAGCUAUCCCAAAGUUCGCCAAUUUUAUUUCAAGACACUUACCUAAUUUUUAUUCAGAUUUUGAAACGGAUGUUUUGAACCAAUGUGAAGUGGACUGUGCUAGACCUAAUCGUGAUCAUUUACCAAAAAACACUGUCCAUCGUUCCCUUUCAAAUCCAGAUCUUCACUCUAUUUUCACAUCAGCCCUUAUGGAUCCUCCGAAUCCGGAUCCAGCCCCUGACCCUCAACUUGUGAUAAGAAUUUUCAAUGCAGCUAAUGGUGAUUCUAGGUAUCUUUUAAUUCACGAAGAAACUACUGCACGAGAAGUCGUAAUGGUCAGUUGCAGAGAGUUUGGCCUAUGUACUCAAACAUCAGUUGGUAAUAAACAGUCAUCAGGAGAAUCUGGUCUUGCUAAAUCGUCAUUAAACUACGCCCUUUAUGAAGUAUCCGUUGUCCCUGAGGCCAAUAACACUAUCAAACAACGACGUUUGCCUGAUCAAAUGAACAAUUUAUCUGAAAAAGCUUCUUUAUUAUCUCGAUACUACCUCAAAGAAAACAGUAAUCCAUUAUUGUCCACUGGAUCAUCUUCAUCUAAUAACUCGUCCAACGAUGAAUUAGCUCAAGAAAUUCUGAAAGAAUGUCCAAUGCCCAUAAAUCUUUUAUCACUUAACUCAACUGUAAUUGCCAUCGAACUAACGCUCCAUGACUUCAAUAUUUUUCGUUGUAUUGAACCUCAAUCGUUCAUUUACGAUGUAUUCGAGAUGAGAUGUAACAUUGACUCAAUCGACGAGAAAUGUAAAAAAGAACUGAAUGAAUUUGAAUCCCUCAGUAACAAGGAAAUGUUUUGGGUAAUCAACGAAAUUCUCAAUGAAACCAGUGUUGUCAAGAGAAUCAGAUUAAUCAAGUAUUUUAUUAAGGUUGCCAAUAUCUGUCGUCAUCUUCAUAAUUAUAAUUCUCUAUUUGCUCUUCUUUCUGGCCUUGGCCAUGGAUCUGUUCAACGCCUAAAGACAACUUGGGAUAAACUUCCCACUAAGUACAAUAAGCUUUUGAAAAAUCUUCAGUCACUCAUGGAUCCAUCACGUAAUAUGUUGAACUAUAGAAGAGAAAUUAAUUGUUGUGAUCCACCUAUCAUCCCAUUCUUUCCAAUUGUAAAGAAAGAUCUGACUUUCAUCCAUCUAGCUCAUCCAACAUUUGAUGAACAAGAGUUGGUUAAUUUUGAAAAACUCAGAAUGAUUUCCAAAGAAAUUCGCAACAUUAUGAACAUGUCUUCCUCACAAUACUCCGUCGGUUCAUCAUACGCUAAUCUACUCAACAGCCAUGGUUUCAGUGUGACAAGCGCUUAUGCCAAUGAUUACAGUACCAACAAUGAAAUAAUGAGAGUUCCAUUACCGCCCCCACCUCCAAUAGCAGCGCCUUUAUCGGCAACUUCCAUCAAACGUAUGUUUGAAGAAUCUUUGAUGAGGAAAAAAGUUAAACAUUAUUUGACGCAAAGUUUCGCUAACAUCAACUAUGAUGAGGAUGCCUUAUUAGCUAAAUCAAUAGAAUUAGAAGGAGGUCAAAGUGGAUCUUUACAAGGUUCUACCAAUAACUGUAGCUCUUCUCGAGGUUCUCUUAAUAUCAAUCCAUCACCAAAGCAGCCCCAUCCUUCACCUACUCUCUCAUCAGCCUCUUCAGGUUCAUCCUCUGGUCGACUUAAAUUUGGCGCUGAAUCACCUCAACAGCUUCGAAAACUUUUAAGUCUCAGUGAGAUGGAAUACGGACGAAGCAAUCAUACCAAAAAUCAUAUUCUUGCCCAUCAUAAUCAAAUAUCAAGAGACCAAAGAAGCCAUUUCCCUCAAAUACUAGCUCUUAAUAACUCAUCUACUCAAUCACAUACAAGAUCUGUUAGUGAAGGGUCAUCAAAUAGUUUUAUGAUAAACUCAUCAAUGCCUCGAGCCAUCUCACCAACAAAAUCAACAGUACCAUUACCGGUGGAAUCAUCAUCAGUCACUAGUUUAAGAAGAAUUAAUCAACUUCAACAAGCAGCUAAUGCUUUAUCCUUACAGCAGCGUGUAAAACAGACAUCACAACAACCACAGCAGCAGCAACAAACUUCAACUACCUUAUCAUCUCAGCAGUCUCACUUAACUCAUUCUCAUUCUUAUUCUCAUUCAACUCCAUUCACAUACACUCAACAAUUAAAUAAUCUAGCCAGUCAUACAACGUAUCGACCAAGGCCUCCUGAUUAUGAUGAAGCUCUUUUAAGGAAACAAAAAUUAGCAAAUUUAGCUUGUAACACUGUUACACGCCAAGUUGUCCAUCCAACACCCCCGCAGACCAAUAAUAUACCAGUGACCAACAACCUGAAAAAGGUGCCAAUGAUUAAGAAUAGUCUUCAGCAAGAUGACAAAGUCUCUGCCGUGUGAUGGAAGAAAAUUCACUAUCAACAAAGAAAAAAAGGAUUUAUACCAAUAGCUAUUUUAUAUAAAUAUUAUACAUAGUUUAAAAUUUAUCUAUUAUAAGUAUUUACUUAUGAAACAAUUGAGAGAUUGACAGUUUAAUGUAAAGAGAACUGCAAAAUAAUGCAACUUUUAACUAUGAGAAAAUCAAAACGACUAAGGAACAAAUUAAAUUAACAGAGUCUAUGGAUUUAUAACUUAUGAAGAGAUUGGGCUGAACAAAGUAUCAUGAAAAGGAGAUGUUCACGCGACUCUGAACCAAAAGAUUAAUUUUCAUUUUUUAAAUUAGAGAUCCAGCCUUUUCAUUUAUUUAUGUAUACACUAAUCAUCCUUACGAUACACAUCGCUAUAAUUUAUGUUUUUUUCUCGUCAAUCAUUGCACCUGAACUUCAAUCAUCAUAUCUUUUUUCAUCGCUUAAAUAUACUCUUAAGGAGAUUUUAUACUUUUACAUUUACAACGAUUGACCGAUCUAUAGAGAGUCGACUGGUUCUAAAAAAUCAAAUGCGAUCCUUUUUUAAUAUUGUCUCUCUUAAAACCCUUUUUUAUAUGUGUAUAAAUAUCUUAAUAGCCAUGGAGAAUGGCUUCAAUGGAAAUCCAAAAGAAAACCUUAUGUAAAAAGUUAAUACUUUGUUUUCAACCUCUUCCAUCACUUUUAUUACCUACCUUGAUCCUUUUCUUAAUCAUUUUCUACUUAUUGUAGACUUACGGUGCUGUACAGUUAAUCUCAUUUAAUGAGUCUUAUAUUAUGCUUUUUGUACCUAAACAGAAUCCUGAAACCCAAAUUAAAGUGUUAUUUAGGCAAUUAGCAUGCAAAUAUAAAAUACUGUAUUUUGUAAUUUUCGCUUUUUACACUUUAUCAAUUGUUAUAUUAAAAUAUACGAUGAUAAA